AUAUAUAUAUAUAUAUUCCUCCUCUAGAGACGCGACAUUUUGUUUACAGCGAGGAGAAGAAGAGGGAAAAAAAUCUAACUUUGGACUGAUCGACUGCUCGUCCUCACAGGCCGUUGACGACCGUCAAUCUAACUUGCUGCCUGCUGCCUGUCCCGCCUCCCUCUCCGUCCCAUUGGCCGGGCGGUGGGAGAGCGGGCGGGUGAUUAGUGGGCGGCCCUGUCCGUCAGCUUGGGGUGGGCGGGUGCGAGCGAGCGAGCGAGGUUUGUGUGCGCGGUGCGCUGCGGCCUGCUCCCCGUUUGUUGUCAUGUCGCUGGCGGACUCUCACUGAGGCGGAUCAUUCUCAUGGUGCAGCUGGCACUGAGUAAGAGACCUUGGGAAGAUGAUCAUAGAGAAUCUGGACGCUUUCAGAUCUUGGUUGUCAAGGGCGCUGGACCCUAUUUGUGACGCUGAUCCUUCAGCUCUAGCAAAAUAUGUUGUGGCUUUAGUUAAGAAAGAUAAACCAGAAAAAGAACUGAAGGCUUUGUGCGUUGAUCAACUGGACGUAUUUCUGCAAAAAGAAACUGUUGGUUUUGUGGACAAACUUUUUGAUGCUUUAAGCACAAAGAACUACGUUCAACGACCAGAACAGCUUGUCCAGGAGACAUUGAAGCAGGACAUGCAGCCUAUGUGGCAAGAGAGGGAGGACAAAAAAGAAGUUCCCCUGUAUGAUGAGGACCAAGAUGGUAAAAAACCUUUAUUAAAGAAAAGCCACAGUCCUUUUAAACCCCUUUUAGGACCUAUUGAUACAAGAGCCCGUGACGAGAAAAAGCGCGAAGAACGACGGCGCAGAGACUUUGAGAGAUACCCCCAUUCUAGAGAUCUUUAUCGAGAUCGAUAUGACCGUCGUAGGGGUAGGAGUUAUAGCCACAGUCCAUUGAAGACCAAAAGUCGAAGUCGUAGUCGCAGUCGGGACCGGAAUAGAGUACUUGGCCGCAGCAAUAGCACAAGUAGGGAUCAACAUAAGGAGAGAUCAAAAUUUGAAUUGGAAAGAAAUGAGGCCACGGAGAAUAUGUAUGUUCCCAGUUGUACAUCAGUAAGCAGUUCAACUGAGCAGUAUUUUGUUGGAGGGCCCCCUGCUCCGAGUGCAGUAACGGUGGUAGCUCCUGUCCACCAUCCUGACAACACUACUGAGAGCUGGUCUAAUUUCUAUAACAACCACACGGGUUCAAACUCCUUCGGUAGAAAUGCAGCUCCAAAACGCCGGUGCAGAGACUAUGAUGAAAAAGGUUUCUGUAUGCGUGGUGAUCUCUGCCUCUUCGAUCAUGGUAAUGACCCAUUAAUAGUGGAAGACGUCACUCUUCCAGGGAUGAUUCCAUUUCCGCCACCACCUCCGGGGUUGCCUCCGCCAGGCCAUCAGUUGCCUCCGCCCGGACAUCAUUUGCCUCCACCUCUACCAGGUCUGCCUCCAAGCCUGAGGUUACCUCCUGUACCACCACCUGGACAGCCACCUCCUCCUGGUAUCCAUUCUGUAUCUGGACCACGUCCAAUCUCAAAAAGCAGUAUAGAUGGCAUUGAAAUCUCUGGGAACACUACAGUACCCAAUUUGCCGCCACCUGGAUUACGGCCCCCACCUUUACCACAGUAUCCACCAUAUGCAACUUCAGAAUGUGACACCCAAGAUGUAGGACGUGCUCUAUGCUUUCCAGGGUCUCAACAUGAACAUUUAUUGUUGGAGGGAAGCAGGGCGACAGAUAACUAUGAGCCUGAUGGUUAUAAUCCUGAGGCUCCCAGUAUUACCGGUGGUGCAAGACCUCCCUAUCGACACUACAUCCCACGCGUUCAGACGGAGCGUCCUAAUUUGAUUGGAUUAACGUCCAGCACCAUGGAUAGUCCUCAACGAGUACCUAUAAAACUUAAUCAAGCGGAGAUGUGCAUAGCUGCAACUGCCGGCAACAACGCUUCACGUGUGGUCAUUGAACCAGAAUCUAGAAAGAGAACUGUGGUGGCCUUGGAUGGGCCACCAAUGAAAAAACUUUGGAUGGAAAAGCAACAUUUUAACCAUCAAAACAAACAAGGUUUCCAGAAGAAAAUUCAGCAUGCUUACGAUAACACAAAGCUGGAGGUACGCAAGAUCCCAAGGGAAAUGAACACCAUUACCCAGCUGAAUGAACAUUUCAGUAAAUUUGGUACUAUUGUCAACAUUCAGGUUGCAUUUGGAGGGGAUCCAGAAGCAGCUCUCAUUCAGUACUCACACAAUGAGGAGGCAAAGCGAGCCAUUUCCAGUACUGCCGCAGUAUUGAACAAUAGAUUUAUUAGGGUGUAUUGGCACAGAGAAAACAAUGGGAUUCAACAUCAACAACAUCAACAACAUCAACAACAUCAACAUCAGCAUCAGCAUCAGCAUGAAGUUCAGACACAACAAUUAGCAGUAUCGCAACACAACACAGUUCAUAAGAUUUUAAAUCGAAACCAAAGUCCAGGGUCUUUUGUGCUAACAAAUACACCAGCAAAGCAACGACUUGGGUCAGUUGGUGGAAAUCAGCCUGACGGGUUGCAACCCUGUUCAAACCAGUUUGGGACAGGUGGAGAAGCUUCGCAGGUGCUUCCUUCAUCCACCAGUCUGGUAAAGGCAGGCUAUAGUUCUUCUAUCACAAAACCAACUCAUAAGUCUAUAGCACAGAGUAAAGCACUUGAAACUAAAGAAGCUCAGAAGAAAAAACAGGAAGCUUUUAAAUUGCAGCAAGAUAUGAGGAAGAAACAACAAGAGAUGCUGGAAAAACAAAUUGAGUACCAGAAGGUAUUAAUUUGCAGGUUGGAAAAAAAUAAAAAUAUGAAAACAGAAGACAGAGCCAAAAUUAUGAAAACAAUUAAUGAUAUAACGGAAAGAAUAUCACAAUUGCGAGAUGAGCUAAAAGCCACAUCAGCACCAACGCCAUCGGUUCCAGCGCAACCAAAAUCUAAAUCUGACGCACAGAAGGAAUUAUUGGAUGCAGAACUGGAUUUUCACAAGAAGCUUAACUCGGGAGAGGAUACGACAGAUUUGCGUAAAAAGCUGAACCAGCUCCAAGUGGAGGCUGCACGAUUGGGCAUUCUUCCGGGAGGACGUGGUAAGACCUUGCAAACACGAGGCAGAGGUCGAGGCAGGAGUGUGAGAGGAAGAGGUGCACAGAUGCAUAUGGUGGUUGAUCACAGGCCCAAAAUAUUAACAGUAUUUGGCUUCACAGAGGAGGAAAAAGAUGAAUUAACGCCACACUUCUCGAAAUUUGGAGAAGUAGAAGAUUUUCAAGAGGAUACUCCUUUAAGUGUUAGAAUAACAUUUAAGUCGAGAAUUGAAGCAGAAAAUGCAGCAAAUCAGGGAGCAAAGUUCAAAGGUCGAAACCUUCAGAUCUCCUGGUACAAGCCAAAAGCACCUUCAGUAUCAACGGAACCAGAGGAGGAGGAAACAAAAGAAGAGGCAUCAGAACCUGUGGAUCCCUUCUUUCGUGAAGAUGACGAUGAUGAAGACGAAGAUGACGAAUCUCGCUCAUGGAGACGAUAGUGGGAUUUAGAAUUUUCAUACAGUCGUCAUGAACUUUUGUGAAUUUUUUGUGUUUAAAUAUAUUUACUAAUUUUACAGAAACAUUUUUAUUGUAUUUAAAGAAAAAAUAUGUUUGCAGCAUUUUGGUGAGAAAUACAAAAAAGCUUGUUACUUUCCUUUCUGUGCUUCUGGGAUACAUUUCCCUAAGGAGUUAAAUCACAGAAUGACUUGGGUUGAGUUGGGGGGGGGGGGGGGGGGGGAGGUGGAGAAAACAUGGGUGAAGUAGGGAAUAAGCAGAAAUACAUUCUGCUUUUGCAGAAGUCCUUGUAUGAAUGUAUAUUAAAAUAGUGUAUAUACUUUGCCUUUUUUGAUCAGAAGAACAUUUAAGCCUGUAAGUAAAUUUUUGAAAGGUCAUUUUUUUCCAUUUUUUGUUUUAAAAGAAAGAACAAUUGUAACUAAAAUCCAUCUUGCACAGAAAGUGAAUUAAGAGCAAAUAUUGAGUUCUAUAUAGGAAAGAAAAAUCCAUUUGGAUAAUUGAGGGGAGAGAGUUCAUUGUAUGAUCUUAAACAACGUGUUUUACUCAGCUGUGUUGGUGGGCAUGGAGGAAAACUCCUCAUGGUAAACGACAAAAAGAUACUGUAGGACCAAGAUGGCAUCUGAUAACAUGUACUAUAUUUAAUUGGAUAAAGGAUGGUAUUCUUCAAAGCUGAGCUAUGUCAACGGUAAAUACUUACCAAGCUAUUAUUAAAGCUGCAAUGCCCAACUAUGUUAGACUAGAUAUUUUAUUAAUUUGCUAUAUAUUGAAUCCUUUUUAAAAAAAAAGGAAUGGAAAUCUCUCAACAUCCUCAUUGCCUAAAUUUACUUUUCAUAAUUUUGACUUGCUGUACAUUGUUGAUUUUUCUUUUGGUUUCACUUUCACUCUUGGACAGCUAAGAGACCAGGCAUGGUAACAUUGAACCAUGUUUGCCAUUACAUUACUGAUGCUAAAUAGGGGAAUAUGUAUUCAAUCCCAGCUUCUCAAUUCAAGAUGCUAGGGCUAAUAAAAGAACACAGCCAUUUAUUUUUCAACUGUUUCCUACAAAAAAAAUAAGUGUUGCUUAUAGCAGUGGAUUAAAUAGCAAUAGUUUGGCUACUGUCAGAGAAGAUUGCUUGUCAGGCAGAGAUUAUGAUCAUCAGAGUCUCCUCACCCCACCAUACCUGAUUUGUAUCAUGCAAGUUGUUAUUAAGAGUGUAAGUGUUCAAUCAACAUUCAAGGUUGAACAGUCUUUAGAGAUCAAGGUCUGUGGAAGGUAAAAGGGAUUAUUUUCUGGGUGAUAUUUGUGAACUUGUUGACAUGUUUGUUGACAUUUGCACAGGUAGAAUGCUGUUGUGAGGUUUCUAUUAUAUGGAAUAGAUUAUCCGCAGUGGCAGUUCUGCUAUUAGUUCAAGUUUCCAGCCAACAUUCAUUGUAAUUCAUUCCAUGUCUCUAACUACAUAAACAAAAUAUUGCUUAUUUCAAAAUUAGAUUUGUCUAUUGGAAAUGGCAGAGUAAGAUGCUGAAGUUCUCGUGCAUUUUCUUCUUGCACUGACGUGACUCCAAAAUGUUGACUUGUAGUUAGGCUAGUUUGAUAAACUGCAGAAAGUGAUAUAAAAGUGAUUUUAAAAAUAUUCUCAAGACUGUAUGCCGUAAAUCCACAAUGCAUAAUUCAGCAAAGUCAAAAAUCUGCAUGCCACACUCUUCACUAAAUACAAGCUUGAGGAUUUUAAUUUUCUGAAAUUAAAACUAAUAUGCACUUGUAGAUACUGAUGCAAACUAAUUUACAUUUUCAAUUACUGUGGAAAUGCAGCUUUAAAUAGAACAGUUAUUGCAUAGCGACACCUGAGUGAAAAAAACACAGUUGUUGCAAAAGAAUACCAUUUUACGUGGCUCUUUUGAGGCUAUGGAAAUAAAAUCUUGAUUAAGCUGUGUCCCUAAAACCAUAAUGUGUAAUUGUGAGAGUUUCAAGUUCCUACUGUAAGAAUUAAUUCUUUUGGGUAUUCUGAGACUCUUGAACGAUCAUCUGUAUUCUACAAAUGAUUCUUUUUAUAUGAAGUUAUUUACUGCUGUCUUGAUAUUUGACCAUUAAUUUUGAUGACUUAUUCAGAAUGAGGAAAAACUGGAAACAGUGCCAUCUUGUGAUUAACCCAGUUAUCAUCGUGUUGUAAUUGUCGCAAUCCAUGACUGGUAUAUGUCAACUGUGUGAUUGCAUAAAUCUCUGCCAAAAGCAGCCGCUUUAUCCUAAACAGAGGUAGUCUGGAGGGGAAUCCCUCAACAAUAGCCAUUCAUGAACACUACAGCAUCUUGUACAACUGUCCAGAAGAUUCUUACAGUUGUUUUUGAUGAAUGUAACUUCACGGUGAUUGAAAAUGCAAUUGGUAGAAAUUAAAUGGCAUAGCUGAUAUUUCAGAUAACCAGACGUAUAUUGCCCUCCUUUCCCUUCCUCUUUGAAGGAACCGAUGAUGGUAUCAGAGAGUGAAUUUAAGAAUAUUAAGAGCUUAAUUUUGGGAUCUCGUUUAAAAUAAAAAGUAAGUUAUUUUCUAUAACUUGUGAAAAUGAUUUCGGUCUAUCUUACCAGAUGUCAUGCUGUCUACUGAUUCACUGUACCACAUGCUACAUACUGAAACAUACUAAUUUCACAAAAAUACUGAAAACUGGAAAUCAAAUUUAUCCUUUGAACUUCGCUCGGAUCAAACUUUUCUUUGGCCCUUUAAAUACAUUUACAAACCUAAAUGUCACAUGUUUUCUCAGAUAUUCUGCAGGAUUCCAAUGACUUUUUUUGCUUUACUUUUUUUUUUUAACACCUCUGCUUUAUCCUAUUUGUCCUUCUUGUCUUGUGCUGUUCAAUGUCUCGUGCUGUUCAUUCCAAGUACUGUUAGAUGACUGACUGUGAUGUAGGGAAGGCUGCACUUUUCAUUUUAAUGGGUGAGUGUGUAUAUAUAGCAUUUACCAUAAUGAAGAGGAGGGAUGGAUAAGAAAGGGAUAGAGGGCACUAUGGUUUGAGGUGGUCACCACCUUGUGAACUUUCACAAAAAAUACCAUGAUUGGGUUGAACACACAAGAUGCAUUGUACUGAGAGAACUCUCAGCAGUAGUUAGGCAUUUAGAAUUGAUCAUUUGUAGAGCUUUUAUUUUGUGGGUGUGGAACAACCAGAUAUCCUACGGCUUUCUUUUGUAAGUAAAUACUUGUAUAAUAGAGUUAUUCAGAAUUGUGAACGCAUAGAAUAUCAAUGUAUUUUUAGGUUGUUUAUGCUAAAAUGUGAAUUCAGUGCAAGGUUCUUGCACACUUCAGUAAAAUGUUACUUUAUUGGGUGAUAUUGUUGCUGAAUUUGUAACAGUUUAUACGUUUGGAUUUAUGUCUUUAUUUCUGUUUUACUGAUUGUAUCUGAAUUUCUAAUAGAGGCAUGUUCACAUUUGAAAUAAAGUCCCACAAUGGA